AUGACACAAGCACAAGCCAACACAUCCAUGGCCGCCAGCACGCUCAGCGCCCCCAAGGCAAAAAAGGCCCACGAGCUCGUCACCUGCACCAUCAAAGCGCCGCCCUUCUCAUACGCCCACCUCGAGGUCUUCAGCAACAACACCACCUCCACCACCAACACAGAUGAAAUCGAUCUGGACGCCCUGCAGGUUCGAUCCUACUGCACGGCCGCCCUGAAGCAGUUCCUGGGCGCCACCGGCACGGCCGUACCGCUAGAUAUCCUCAAGGUCGAUGGCCGGAGCUGCUGGUUGAGGGUACCGCGGGAUGACCUGGGAGCGUUUUCGGCGGCUAUCACGGCGUGGCAGGGCACUUCACAGGACGGAGUGCGUUAUUCGCUGCGAUUACGGGGCUGUUCGGACUGGCUAGGUGCUUUGGUAGGUCAGCAAGGCGAGGAGCGACUAUGGACUGGAUAA